CUAGUUAGCUAACUAGUUAGGUGGUUAGGUUAGUUAGCUAGCCAGCAACGACUUUACAGUUAAUAGCUCAGUAUAUAAAACCAAGGGGACUAUUAAACAGCAGAAUAUACAAACUACGGGGUAUUAGUUAAUCCAGUUCGCAUGUUUAACCUGUAACUACGGGUUUCUGUAAUCUGUGUUGGUGUAUGAGUUAAUUUUUAACCCAGAGACUAGAAGUUACAGUGAUGUAAUUAACGUUAACUAUUUAAACACAACAUCACUCGGUCGCUUUAGUUCAGUUAAAGCUUAACUGAAUCACGUGAAUCUGAACAAAGAACUAUUUUAGCUGGUUAACUAAUUAUCCUUACUGGUGCAGAAACGAAACUCACCGGUUGAGGGAGGCGAAACGCCCACGGCCAGUGGCGGGUCGAGGUGGCCGUUGGUUCGCGAUAUUGUGCUGUUAGUUAGUUGAUAACUAACCUAGUGUAGCGUAGUGAAACUUAUGGCUUCCGUUUGGAUUAAAGCUCUUCAUCCUUGUGAAGGUCAGGUAGGUCUCAGCUACAGUGAUAAGGAGAUCUUCAGCAGAAUGAGCACCUGGCUGCAGAAUUCUCUGCCCUUCACAUGGACCUUAUCUGCCCCCAGUCAAACUCCCCUGCAUUACCUCACAGACCUGCCAGAGGCAGGAUGCUCCACCGUGGCUAGCCGGAUGCCGUUCUGCAGCCAGGAGCAGGAUGCUUCCCUUGACCUGCCGGACAUCACAGAACUCAGCUUGGGCCUGCAGUCCCUGGGCCUGCCCUGCUGGGACCAGCCCUGGACCUGCCCUGAGCCUGAACCUCUGGCACAGCCAUGUUCUCCAGCAACCAUGCUGGGGUUGUUGAAGGGCCCGCUGGGGAAUGCACUGGACAGACCACCACACAACUCUCUAAGCCAAGGCUCUCGGGGAGGAGGGGACCUGUUGGAACAUUUCUCCAGCCUGGCCUGCCUUUCUCCAGCAAUAGAGUCUUGCUCUCUCCUAAACUCUGGAUCCAGCAGUCCAGUCGACUCUGAGACAAGUGGCAUAUCCUCUGGAUCAGACCACCUGACCAGUCUGCGGAUUUCUCCACCUAUGAACUUCCUCCUGUCUGGCACUCAGAAAGAUGCUGUGAAGCUCAGUGUGGGGCACAGAGACGAGCACAUCUCUCCUCUAGCCCCUACUCUGCCGACUGUGCCUGAAGCAUCGCUGUCCAAGUGCUGGACAAAAACAUCCACCUGGCCUACCUGGGACACUCUGGAGUCACCUGACCACUCCUUCAGUAUUGAGAGGAAGGCUCAGCUACACAGGCAGGCUGCAGCGACAAAUGAAGCCACUUGUACCUGGACUGGACAGCUGCCUCCACGCAACUACAAAAACCCUCUCUACUCUUGUAAAGUGUUCCUGGGAGGAGUACCAUGGGAUGUUACAGAGGCUAGUCUCUUGAACACAUUUAGUGUAUUUGGACCCCUAAAGGUGGAGUGGCCUGGAAAGGAUGGCAAGCACCCUCGAUGCCCUCCUCAAGGUUACGUUUACCUAGUGUUUGAGUCAGAGAAGUCAGUGAAGGCUCUGCUGCAAGCCUGCACCCAGCAGCAUCUGCACCCUGCUGAUUAUCUGGAGUACUAUUACAAGAUGUCCAGCAAAAGGAUACGGAGCAAAACUGUGCAGGUGAUUCCAUGGGUGAUCACAGACAGUAAUUUUGUGCGCUGCCCCUCGCUGCGGCUCUUCCCCAGCAGAACAGUGUUUGUAGGAGCUCUCCAUGGCAUGCUGAACGCUGAAGCUCUAGCCCACAUCAUGGAGGAACUGUUUGGAGGGGUCACUUACGCUGGGAUAGACACAGACAAGCACAAAUAUCCCAUAGGAUCGGGACGUGUGACCUUCAGGAACCAGAAGAGCUACCUAAAAGCAGUGAGCGCUGCGUUUGUGGAAAUCAAGACCUCCAAGUUCACAAAGAAGGUUCAGAUUGACCCAUACCUUGAUGACUCCAUGUGCCAAGUUUGUAACAGUCAGCCAGGCCCAUUUUUCUGCAGAGACCAGGCUUGUUUUAAAUACUACUGCCGCUCCUGUUGGCACUGGCAGCACUCCAUGGACCUGCUCAACAGUCACCGGCCCCUCAUGCGCAACCAGAGGAGCCUCAACUCAAGCUGAAUCUGCAGCGUCAACCAUAACUCUGCUGCUAACCCAGAGGGCCCAGGAGCUCGCUGGACUGAGGGAGGUUAACUGUGCCAUCCCCUCCCCUGCGCUGGUAGAGCCAGGAGAGAAUCACUGUAGAAAGUUCUAGUAUUGCACUGCUUUCUCUUUUUUGCUGUUUACUUGUUCACUAAGGCACUAUGCAGACAGAGGGUCUGGGUGAUGUUGACCUAUUUGCACAGUUACCCAGACAACCAUCACUAUGGAGAUAACCCCGGAUUUCAGCAGGUGGCAAAUAGGAAAAUGCCUUCCUGAGUUUUUAGUUACGAUAUUUUUAAUGCCUUUGCAUCUAUAAUCUUUAAUCAUCAGUGUAGAAGUCUCAGUAGCUGAGAGUUGUGCCACAUUAUUAUUAUUAUUUGUAAUUAUAUUUUAUUACUAUUUUGGCAGGUCAUGUGGCAUUUUUAAUUUAGAGUUUGGAGUUUAUUUCAGACAUUACCUGUGAUUAUAGACUGAGGCAUGAAUCCGAUCUGGUAGUUUUUUUUAGUUAGUUAGUAUUUGAUCUGUAGUUCUGCACUUUCUAACUACACGGGGUAGGUGUUUGUAAGUUUGAUUUUAACAUAAGUAACAUAAUAUGGUUCAUGAAUAGUUGAUGCAUGACUUUGGCUAUGCAGCAGCUCCACUCAUUAAGUAUUACAUCACUGGAUGCCAUUGCUGCUUAGCAGCGGUAUUGCCAUCAACGGUCAGAUAUAUAUGGUGACGACACUGGAACGGACUUUGACCUCUGAGAUUGUGAACUGUACAUAGUUUUAAUCAAAUUGUUGCACUUUUUUAUUUGCACUUGGGAAGACAGUGGAGACGGUGGUUUUAGACCCCCCACCUGUACUCUUUAUACAACGGGGCAGGCAGUCAUCUAGAGCAUGACCCUUUAAUUUCCAGUCUCGUACUGUUGUGUUCCUGUUGAAUGUAGAUUAACUGUUACUAGGCCUAAUCUAAUCUAAUGUAAACCAUCAAAUGCAACUCAACUCCCUGUUCCUAUUUGGACUCUAAAGCUCUGUGCCAAAGACCUAGUGUCACUUCUGUCUGUCUCUCUGUCUGUCUGUCUGUCUGUCUGUCUCUCUCCCUGCCGGUCUCUAUCUGCCCCUCUCUCUCCUGCUUUUUGUUCAGGUUUGUUGUGCUGAGCUUGUUGCCUGGCCCAGCUGCUUUUUAGAGUAUAAAAAUCUCUACCUCAUUGGUCUGCAAGUGUUGCCAUGGUUACCUAAAAUGGAGAUUGUUCCAGUUGGGCACAAUAAAGUUGUUGAAGCAUUA